AUGCCAAGGAUCGAACCCAAGCUCAUGGCAAAAGCGUAUUCACUAAACAAACUGCUACCUUUAUUGUUGCCCGAAUGUCGAACGAUCGUCGACGCCAAACGGGAACUUGGAUGGAUUAAAAAGGAAUUGACAACACCCUUUCAAGUAUUGAGGGCUUGUCAGAUGAGAUUCAUGCAUUAUCCUCUGCAAUAUAUUCUGAAAUCUCAACCAUUUGGCAUAAUUGAUGUCCCAUGCAGACGGGGAGUCUUGAUUCCUCGAUGGGAAACAGAAGAAUGGACAGUCGAUGUCCUUAAUCGAAUUCCAGACAACUUGCCUAUCUCUUUAAUUGAUCUUUGCACUGGAACAGGAUGUAUUCCAGUGCUUAUCAAGAAGCAGAGAAGCCUUGCCCAUUGCAUUGGUGUCGAUGUCAGCGAGAAAGCGCUUGCGCUUGCCAAACGUAAUUCCAAACAGAACGGUGUCGACGUUACUCUGCUGAAAAGGGAUAUAAUCAAGGACUCGAGCAAUAUUAUUUCCAAACAUAUUGAUCUUUUGACCUGCAAUCCACCCUAUAUUUCAAAGGAGACAUUCACUAAAGAUUCAAGGGCAUCGGUACGUGUUUUUGAACCGAGACUGGCUUUGAUAGGCAACCUUGAGUUUUAUCAAAAUUUGAUUCAACAUUGGCUGCCAAGGGUGGAUGCUUUCGUUUACGAAAUCGGAGACAUAUCACAGGCCAAAUAUAUCAUUGCCCAAAUUUCCAAAUCUCCACUGCAUGCACGCCUUUGGAGUGUGGGAAUUCGUUCUGAUUUGAAUGACCUACCAAGGGUCGUUUACGGAUUUAGAAAAGAGUCCAAAAAUUUCGAUAAAGCAAACAUGUUUUGUGGGUUUGGUCGUUUGUACCACUGA